GCUAGCGGGCGUUAUGGGCGCGGUGGGCUGUGGUGGGACUGCGGGCGGCGGCGGUGGUGGCAGCGGUGGCGGCGGCGGUGCGUGGGAGGGCCCCGCCGCGUGCCCCGUGUGUCUCAAGGUGCUGUCCAACAAGUACAACCUCCGCACACACAUGGAGGACAAGCACUCCCCGCUGCAGCACGUGUUCCCCUGCCCCAUCUGCCAGCACGUCUACAAGACCCGCAACUCGCUCCACAACCAUUUCUCCAUGCGCCACCGCGGCCUUAAGAUGCCCAAGAUGACUGUUAUAGCUGGCGAGGGCGUGGGGGGGGUACUGGUAGACAACAAGCCUAAGUGGCAGUGCCCCGUGUGCUACAAGUUACUGAGCACGAGGUCCAACUUAAAGAUCCACGUGCAGGACAAGCACUCCUCGCUGCAGCACGCCUUCCCCUGCCCCGUGUGCGGCCACGUGUACAAGACGCGAAACUCCCUGCACAACCACAUGAGCAUCCGGCACCGCGGGGCUCCCCGGGCCCGCCUGGAGGACGAGGUGGCGGUGUUGGCGGUGGCGCGGCCGGGGCCCGUGUGGCCCGUGUGGCCCAUGUUGCCUUGCAGGAGCCGCCAAGCCUCCCGCCCCGGGUGGCCCGUCGGCGGAUCCCGGGGCGCUGCCUGCCCAGGGCACGAAGGCAGAGUCGCGUGCGCCCGGGAGCGCACGCGCAAUGCACCUGGCCAUUGCAAUGACAGGCACUUCGGGGCCUUAGUGUCACGCGAGCAAAAGCAGCAUGUCAGUCCCCGAGUACAGAGGAUCCGCACAUGCAAGCUAGGUACUCCUAAGCAGAUGACAGUUGAGAACACCAGUCCCUUUACGAGCGUAUCUAGUGUCGCCGGAGAGUUCACACUGCAAGAAUUGUUUGGCGGUGAUGGUGGUGGCCCCGCUGUGGUGCAGGCUGAGGCUGGAGGUGGAGGUGGAAGCGCUGUGGAUAUUGAUGGAGGUUGUCUUGCAGGUGUCGCGGCGGGAGGCAGUGUGGGGGCGGGCCAGCAGCGGUGCCCCCUCUGCAACAAGGCACUCAGCCGCUGGACGAGCCUGCGGCGCCACAUAGAGGACAAGCACACGCAGGGCGGGGCGCACAUCUGCCCCAUCUGCCACCACGUGUACCGCACCAAGAACUCCUUGCACAACCACCUGAGCGUGUACCACCGGGGCGCCACGGGCACCAGGGGACGCCGCGGCCGCUAUCCCUCGUACACCGUCCUCAGGACUACCAACGCACAGCAGCUCGCUGCACUGAAGGCCGCCGUCAGGCACGCGCCCCGAGAAGGAACCCCGGUGCGAGAUCUCUCGGCGCCCCCGGACGCCCUUCCACCUCUUUCGGCGGCCUCGACGGUGGCGCCCCCGCUCCUGCCCGGGGAAGAGAUGGAGGAUCUGCGAGACGCCGCGCAGGAGGCAGCGGGAGGCUUCGAGUCCCUGCUGCACGGGGACGCGGAGAUGCCCCCGGGCAGCCCGCACUCGCACCCCCAGAAGAACUCGGCGCCGCAGACCGAAUUCGUGGUGAACGAGAUGGUCGAUGAGUAGUGGUAGCUCGCGUUCGCACGCCCAGGGCCGACCUCA